GUGUUAUUUUUAAUAGGCGGAAGUUGAAGCUGAUGUUGCUGGACAGCAACCAAGGAAGAGAACGUUCAAGAAGUUCAGUUACAGAGGAGUUGAUCUUGAUGCUCUGCUCGACAUGUCUACCGAUGAGCUUGUCAAGCUCUUCCCUGCUCGCCCUCGUAGAAGGUUCCAGAGGGGUUUGAAGAGGAAGCCCAUGGCUUUGAUCAAGAAGCUGCGCAAGGCGAAACGUGAGGCUCCACCAGGUGAGAAGCCAGAGGUUGUUAGAACACAUUUGAGGAACAUGAUUAUUGUGCCUGAGAUGAUUGGAAGCGUUAUUGGAAUCUACAAUGGAAAAACUUUCAAUCAAAUUGAGGUCAAGCCAGAGAUGAUCAGUCACUACUUAGCUGAGUUCAGCAUCUCAUACAAGCCUGUCAAGCACGGUAGGCCCGGUAUUGGUGCUACUCACUCUUCAAGGUUUAUUCCAUUGAAGUGAUUCAGGCAGAGCUUGUCUUUAUGGCUUCUAGUAAUACUAGUACUUCGUUUUUAUUGCAAUUUUGAGGAUGCUCAUGGUGAUUAGUUUGAGACAUUGCAACAUUUCAGUUAUUGUGCUUAUCUAGAGCUUUGUUCCAUUUUGAUUUUUAAUGUGUUUAGUUAUAUACUUUGUCAUUGAAUUUUGACGUCUGUUUAGAUCCUA